GGAUGAUCUCAGCAGAGGAGAGGAAGGAUGUAGGAACGACAAACACAACCUAUCAUUCACCGUCUCGCUCUCUCUCUCUCUCUCUCUGUGCCGACCAAUCUCCACCCUCUCGCUACAUCGCUCUGUCGCUGUGCAGAGGUAAAGAGAGAAGACAUUUGUUCUUGGAGAUACAGGAGAAGAGGAAAAGAGCUGCUGCUGCCUCUGGACGUUAACAUGCAGCGCUGCACGUCUAGAAUCAGACACGCAGGGUCCGUGCUGCUGCAGCCAUGCCGGGAGGAGCUGCCGCUGCAUGGGAUGUGACGGACGCAGCUUCUGCUGAUGGAAAAUGACACCAGUGACAGCGAGGGCGGCUAAUAAUGAUGGAAGGCAGAGCCAUUCGUCUCCAGCUGGAGUCACCACGUUCCUCAGCCCCUCAGCCCCUCAGCGCCUCUUCCUAAAGGACACGCCGACCUUGACAACCUGGCACGGACCCAACUGAAAGGCUGCCUCACUUCGCCAGGAGCUGGAAGACAACAGGGCCAAAGCUUCAGGGACCAGCCGUCAGCACAAAUCCACUCUGUCGCUGCAGCAACAAAUGAGCUUUUGUUUGUGAAGUUAACUGUGCUAACAGCUGACUCCAUAAGGGCCAAUUACUGGCUGAAGGGAACUCGGGGCCAAGAUGAAGGAGACAGCAGUUGUAGCUUGUUUGCUGGCUGGGCUGUCUCUGGCUGCCUUUGUUCUGGCGUCCGCUCACUGCCCCGCAUUGUGUCGAUGUGAGCUACGACCCUGGUUCUCACCCAGGGCCGUUUACACUGAAGCUGCCACCGUGGACUGUAAUGAUCUGGGCCUCCUGGACAUACCUGAGAAACUCCCGUCGGACACGCAGGUACUGCUGCUGCAGACCAACAACAUCUUUAAUGUGGAGAAAACUCUGGACUACUUGGCCAACAUCACUGAAAUUGACUUGUCUCAGAAUAACAUUUCCUCUGUGAGCGAUGUCUGUCUGGGGCCUCUCCCUCGGCUGCUGUCACUCCACAUGGAGGAGAACUGGAUUCAGGAGCUGCCUGACAGCUGCCUCGCAUUCCUGCCCAGCCUCCAGGAGUUUUACAUCAACCACAACCUGAUUUUCUCCAUUAGCCCUGGAGCCUUCCAGGGCCUGGGUAGACUGCUGCGACUCCAUCUGAACUCCAACCAGCUGACAAGCAUCGACAGCCAGUGGUUUCAGCCCCUUCCCAACCUGGACAUACUGAUGCUGGGGGAAAACCCCAUCCUCACACUCACAGAUAUGAACUUUCAACCUUUAACUAACCUCCGAAGCCUUGUGCUUGCCAAAAUGAAUUUGACUGAAAUCCCUGACGAAGCUUUGGUUGGUCUUGAAAACUUGGAGAGCAUCUCGUUUUUUGACAAUCUGCUUGACAGAGUUCCUCGAGUGGCACUGACUAGAGUUCAAAAUCUGAAGUUUCUAGAUUUGAACAAAAACCCAAUAGAGAGAAUUCAGAGAGGAGACUUUAUGGAUAUGAUGCACCUCAAGGAGCUCGGCAUUAACAGCAUGCCGCAGCUCGUGUCUAUUGACAGCUUUGCCCUGAACAACCUCCCUGAGUUAACAAAAAUUGAGGCUACUAACAACCCGAGGCUGUCAUACGUCCACCCCAGAGCCUUUCACAAACUCCCAAGGCUGGAGACCCUGAUGCUGAACAGCAACGCACUGAGUGCUCUCCACCGCAGCAUCGUCGAAUCCCUGCCAAACCUGCGAGAGGUCAGUCUUCAUAGCAACCCUAUACGCUGCGACUGCGUCAUUCGCUGGGUCAACAUGAACAGGACAGCUGUCCGAUUCAUGGAACCUGACUCGCUGUUCUGCGUGGAACCUCCGGAGUACCAGGGGCAGCAUGUCCGACAAGUGCACUUUAGGGAGAUGACGGAGAUCUGCCUUCCUCUCAUCUCACCUGGGAGCCUUCCAGAGCAGACUGCGGUCGGUAAAGGGCGCUCUGUGUCACUGCACUGUCGGGCAUUUGGGGAACCGGAGCCUGAUAUCUACUGGGUGACACCGCUGAGCGUCCGGCUCCUGCCUGGCAGCGCAUCCGAUAAGUACUAUGUGCACCCAGAGGGAAGCUUGGAGAUCUACGAUGCCACCGAGCAGGAGGCUGGCUCCUACACCUGCAUUGCCCAUAAUCUCGUUGGGGCAGAUCUGAAGUCUGUGAUGGUGAUGGUGGAUGGAUACGACGUCAGGUCUUCAAACCAGUCGCUCCGCAUCUAUAUCAAAUCAGUCCAGUCUCAUUCUGUGAGUGUUUCUUGGGAAAACAUGGGUGGUCUGGUUUCACAGCUGAAGUGGUCCAUUCUAGCGGGAGACGGCAUCCUGGUGAUGCCUUUCACAGCCCGGCUUCCUGCCGAUGUUGACGAGUACCACAUCAAACAGCUGAAGCCGUCCACUAGCUACCAGGUUUGUGUUGAGGUCAAUGCACAGCUUGGAUAUAGCAUGGACUGUGUUAAUGUGACCACUAUGAAGGCAGCUGCCCCAGAGGAGCAACCAGAGGGCUGGGACACAGUGGUGAUGGCUGCUGCUGCUGUGUUCCUCAUCGUCGUCGCUGUGGUUGGCGCUGUUAUCUAUACGUCUCUGUUCAGCCAAGUGUUUCACAGGAACCUGAGAGCAGACCCGGUUGGUGCGCCGCUCAUCCCCGGCUCUCAUUUGUCGUCCUCUUCUUUCCUGGAACUCUCUGUGUCUGGGGUCAAAGUCAGGGCCACAGUCAUAGACUUACGGGGCGAGUCCAUGUAAGACACGUUCCCGUCAGGUGAAGAACGAUGCGCCCUGGACAAUCUACUUUGAUAUAUGUGCCCUGAACUCACACAUUCUCUGCAUAAGCAGCUGCAAACAAAGACUGUUUUCUACUUCAGCCAUGUGUCAUGCAAACAGGGCAGGCCCAGUCAGGCAGACGUCUGGACCCUAAUUCUCAUGGCUACUGGUCAUUCAUGCGGUGCAUCCAGAGUAAAGCACAGCAAACGAACUGUCCCGUCUUAAACACCUUGUUGAGGCGCCUUUGAUGUCUGCAAACACAUUUUCUUUUCUGUGUAACUUGAAAUAUAGUUUGUAAAGGCAAAAAAGGUUAGUCUAGUGUACAAUAAACCAACUACAAUGUAAACAGUUUUAUGAACAAAUACAUUUUUCAUUAAACCUG